UGCGUCCCCCAGGCCAGCGGCCUCCGAUAGCUGUCCGCCUCAGAGCGUGGGCGCCAUAGCUCCAACUACCCGGCGCUUGCCGGAGCCGCGUGCUCGCCCCUCCAGCUCCUUCCGUCCGCGGCUUGCGGGGUUGCUGUGCAGUGCCCCAUGGAGAGCGAGGCGCGGUCCGGGCAAGGCGGGGCUGCCCGGGAAUCCUGGGCCACCUUAGUCCGUGGAGGGGGCGGUGAGGUUUCGGAGGCCCGUGGGGAGGCGGGCGCCUGGGGCGAGGCGUGGGCGCCACAGGCCCUAGGUGCGGGCGGCAUGGUUGCAGAAUCUGUGCAGGAGGCUGAGACUCGGCAGGGCAGUGGCGAGGCCGUCCGGGGGGAGGAGUUGGUGUUCGUGGUGGAGGAUAUCAUGGCGGUGGUGGAGGUCGUGGCCGUGGAAGACGAGGAGGUGACUCAAGCGGAGCAGGACGAGAAGCUGCAGGAGCUGCCGCAGGAAGAGCCAGUGCUGGGUCCCGAGCCAGCUGGGGACCCACUGGCCGCGCUGGAGCUUGUUCAGGUGGCGCUCAGCUCUGUGGACGCCCAAGCUACCAGGGCCUACGUGCGGCUCAAGCGCAGGAGGAAUCAGAAGCGGAGUUCUCACCUGGCUCGCCGUAGGGCCAUCAUCCAGUGCAUCCCUGGCUUCUGGGCCCAGGCCAUCCUGAAUCACCCCAAGAUAUCAGCCGUGAUGGGUGAACAGGACAGUGACAUGCUCAGCUACCUGACCAAUUUGGAGGUGGAGGAAUUGUGCCGUCCCAAGUACCGCUGUAGGUUGAUGUUUUUCUUUGAGAACAACCCCUACUUCCUGAACAAAGUGAUCAUUAAGGAGUAUCAUCUUAGCAUUGCCGGCUAUAGGGCGUCUCGUUCCACUCCAGUGCAGUGGUUCUGGGACUUUGAACGUGGAGCUCCCAGGCGCAGGCACGACACCACCAGCCUUAACUUCUUCAACUGGUUGUGUGACCCCUGCUAUCCAGGGUCUCACAGGAUCGCUGAGGUGGGGCCCCUGCGGCAUUCGUCAGCCGGAGUGAUACCCGAGCCCCAGCUGCUGGGGAAUGGGGCCCGGGCCCCGUGCCCAGCUCCCCUCUUUCCCCUACCAGGUCAUCAUCGAGGACCUGUGGCCCAAUCCCCUGCAGUACUACCCGAGGCAGGAAGGCAGCCCAAGGGAAUGAAGUGAAAGGAGGGCCUGUCGCUGUGUGGACGUGUAAACCGCACAGCAUCCGAAUCUGACCAACAAGAAGCCGUCGAGGAGGCCUCCACCGCUGUGAGAGAUGUGUGGACGAAUCUACGUGGUGCUCUGCCUGCACAGGACAGAAUUGGGGGAAAGCAUCACCAGUGGCAGCUCUGGAGAGUAUGCAGCACCUAUCUAGGGAAGGCGAGAGAGACAUA